UAUCUAUUUGGUUUAGUCUUUUGGUUUAGUAAACACUAUAUGUAAUCCAUUUCUCAUUUACGGGAGAAUCAAUUAAUAACAUUAAACAUAAUUCCUCUUUAGUCUUCUUCUCUCUAUCGUCAUCAUCAUUCAUCAAACAUCAUAAUCCAUUAUCACCAUUAAAAUCCUUGUUCUAGAGAUGAUCUUUCUUCCGCAGUGAUCUUCUCCUGGGCUUUGAUUCACCAACCUUCGAACCCUCGGUGGGUUUCUAGAUUGGAUUUAUCUUUCCUGUUACAUUGGUAUCAGAGCCUUACGGUUCUCGGACUCCGUCUUCCAACUACAACCCUAUGGCGAAUCUGUCCGCAGAAACUCUUCGUGAGAUGCUCAGUAUAAUUCGUGAAGCAAGAAACGAUCUGAAGAAAUUGUGUGAUACAACCUCCAUGAUCUCUUCUGCACUAUCAAAACCAGAAGAGCUGAAUCUGAAGAAAAAGGCUGAAAACCCUCUCAAUCCAGAAGGUGACGAAUCUGUUUUACUCAAGCUCCCGAAUGUUUGUGAGGUGGUAGAUGUACGAAAUCAUCAGAUGCUAGCAAGGAACGCUUCCGGUGGUCGAGAAAUGUUCAGAAACUUCGAAAACCCUCUGGGUAAUUUCGUCGAGCAGAUGGUGGGCAACAAACAACAGGAAGUUUCUGUGGUUGAAAAUCCAAAAAUGGAGCGGCGCCAUGACGGAUUUGGACGCCAAGCUCUGUUGUCUACUUCUUCAGUUACUUCUCUCCUGCCAAAGAAGCCUCCUGAUCCUCCAGACAUGAUCCAUGGAAAGAGCAAACCUAAAGGUAUUAUUCCUCUGAAAUACUCAUGUGAAGAGAUGUAUGAAAGAAUGGAAAUGGGAUUGUGUGUCUUCUGUGAAGAGGUUGAUAUUCCUGGUCAUAAUCUAAAGCACAAAGCAGUAGCGAUUGUUGUGACUGAAGGUGAUGACGAACUCACUGUUGAAGAUACUUUGGCUGAAUCCUAUGAACCUGUUACCGAAACUGUGAUGAAGCAUGAUUCUCUUUCCAAACCGUUGGAGUGUUUCACUUCAGUUUUGCAGAUUGUAGAUGCUGCAGGUCAGAGAGAACAUCAAAGUGAAAGUGUUGCACAAGAAAAGAUGACCUUAUAUCUUGGAGAAAAGAUCAAACACAUGAUGGGUAAGCAAUCUCAGAAGGCGGAACGCAUAUGGGAGCCAGGUGGGUUACCAACUGAAGCAGCUCAGUGGUACUGGUCAGAGAAACGGCGAAGCUUGUGGUUUUCCGCAGCAACAUCAGAGAAAAUGGCUGAGCGUGUAUGGGAGCCUGGCGGGUUAUCAGCUAAAGCAGCUCAUUUGGAUUGGCAUGAAACUUAUCAGAAUCGUGGCGGCAUGUUGAAGUUAACGUCGAACUUUCAUGAGACUUGUGUAGAGAGUUUAUUGAUGUUACUUAAACCGGGAAAAGAAAUUCAAGCUGGAUAUGAGUGGCUCAUCCCAAACUCUGUGAAAGAGUUGGCUGCUACUGAUAUACGUAUGAGACUACUUUGGGAAACUAUUAAGGACGUGACGGUUGCACUAUUUUCAAGAUGCGGCAUAAAAAGGAAUUUCACAGAGUAUGCAAACUGGUCACAGCAAGGGAUGCAAGAUCAUGCAGGCUUCAAUCAUUUUCUCUUUGGUAAAGAGAUGUUCCAAGUGAAACAUAAAUGGAAGUAUAAACCAUUUCCAAUUGUUUCAGAACUGGAGCUACAUGAUGAGGCUGCACUUGAUACUAGAAAUGAAGAUGUGUUGAGCUAUUACACCACUGGCCAAGCAAGAGAAGAGGUGAUAUCACCUCAUGCUGAAGUCAGAAGAACUAUUGAGCUGUCUCAGUUAAAAGCUUGGUUAUUCAAGUACAAGGAUAAGAGACAAGAGAAAGGCAUGAAUGAGGCACAACUACAGGCUCUCAAGAUUAAGUUGGGGCAAAGCAGAUACUGCAGGGAGGUACAAAAGUUGGAGCUUACUUUAAUGGCUGGUAAUCUUGGUUGUUUUAAUCAUUGGUUUGCUGAAGUUUGUGUCGAUGAAGUAUUCCAUCCACAAAGACCACCAGAGAUGUUAGGAGAGAAAGAUCAACAGAGAUGUUAUGAUGGUUUCAGCACCAAGCUCUUAUCAUCCUUGAGGACAAGGAUGUUCUCAACAAGGGAGUAUUGUUAUAGGAUAAACCGGUUAUCUAUUUGGUUUAGUUAUUUUAUCACGUAAACUACAAUAAUAUGUCAACUACAAAUUUUGCGAAGUUUUUUGGUGUUUAAUAUUUUUUUUGUUAAGUGUGUUUAAUGUUGAGAACAUGAAAAAAAAACAAUUGACUAACUGUUAUUAGUUACGUGCGAUAUUACCAAACAUUACCAUGAUAUUUACUUUAUAGAUAUAUACGAAAAACAUUUAUGUAGUUUUUCAUGGGUUUUGUUGUGGACCUUGUGGUAAUUUAGUGAGUGUUUACGCAUGGUUUUGUAGUUAGCUUAUACUAGUAAAUGAUGAAGAGGCAUAAUGGUAAAAAGUGAUCGAAGGUGGAUGAAGAGAAUAAAAGAGCGAAGGGUCCUACGUGAUUCCAAAACGACAGCGUCACACGUCGGAUUGAAGUCUCGGAGACACAAAAUGAAAUGCGACCAAACUUACUCAUUUCUCCCUCUCUCCCGAUUUCCCAAAUCUUCUUUGUCUCGAAUUUUUAAUCACAUUCAAUGAAUGGUCCCUUUCCAAAUUGACAAAAACACCCUCCAACAUUUUCGACGACCUAUUUUAUUCGCAAUAUUCUAAGCGAUUGAUUCUAUGAGAUCCUAAUUACUAGUGUUUUUUUUUUGUAUGUGCAACUUCAGGUCCAUCAUUGAAAUUUUAAGAAAUUAAAUAAUUUAUUAAAUAUUUUAGUAAACUUUUGAUUUUUACAAUUUGAGAGUGUAUGUUCAUAUAAAAUUUUCAAAAUAAUAUAUAUAUAUAUAGAAUAUUGAAAAUUUAAAAGGUUCAAAAUUAAUGUUUCACUUUUAAUACAUCUAGAGUCGACUCUGUUAACAUAUUUGCUUGUCUUCUUAUAAUUUACUUUUAUUUAUUUGCAGAAAAAUAAUAGUUAAAAAUUUAAGAAAAUUUAUUAUUAACUAAUUUGUGGCCGGGUAGUAAUAAGAAUGGUUUGUGACGCCAACACGUUUCAGGUUUGAUCUAUCUAUUGCGCGAAACUAAAUCACAUUAUUUUAGACACAACAUGUAUAUAGGUCUCUCUGCUUUCAAUCUAUUUGAAUAUCCAAAAAAAGUCUAUCUACGAAAUACACCUCUUUUUUGGGAUUAAUCUAAAUUUUUUUAUAAAACCGGUAUAUCUCCAAAUUAAUAAAAUAAUAAUAAAAAAUGAGAGAUCCCUACAAGCAAAAAGAAAAAGGAGUCAUACGCACCCCACUUGGGACUUGGUUAUCAAUGGUCUACAUUGAGAAAUAUCAAAUUAGGAUUUCGUAAGUAAUUUUGCGGCUCCUAUUUUUUCUUCUUACUAUUUUGUUUAAAAUUCCCAGCACUUUAUAACUAAUAUAUUUAAAACUUUCCUCUGUAGUUUUGGCGUCGUGGCGUGCCGUAUAAUUAUAAAUGUGUAAUAUGGAAAAUGCGUGUGAGAGCGUCAACGGAGUUUGCGUGGGGAUGUUGAAGAGAAAGUGAGAAACGUCAAAGGGCGUGCAGCUUUGACUAAAUUUUGAAUCCCAAAUUUGCAUAAUAGCUACUUCAGUUUGAGGUUCAUUGUUUACUCGAGUGGUUUCGUUCUCGACUAUCUUCUAUAGUUUAGGGUUCGAUAUCCUCUUUUACUACGGUGGUACUUGAGAGUGAAUUUGAUAUUUUAUGUUAAACCGAUCAGACGAUAUCGAUCCAUAAUCUAUAUGAUUUCCGGUUUGAUCACAGGUUCGAUCUUAUAAAGAUUGUUCUCAGGUGAAUUUUAUAAUAUAUAGAAGUUGUUGUAAAUUCUUUUAGGUUUCAAGGAACUAAUAAAUUUUUCAUAGUUAUAUUUAUGAAUAAUACUACUGCUGUAACUGGUGACUAUAAAAAAAACAAGAAGAAUGAAAAUAAAAGAGCUACGAAAACAAAAUAAUAAAAUGAAAAAAAAAUGUUAAUACUAUUAUGCAUUUUCAAUUUUGAUGAAGAACAUUUUCGUACUAUAAUCUUUUUAAAACUAAAGGAAUGACAAAAAAAAUUUGUGUGAUUAAUAGUUUAAUUUUUUUUGUUGCAUCAAAUAUAAAAAUAUUAAUAAAAUCAUAUGAGUACAAAAUUUCAAUAAUAAAUAUUUAUAUUAAAAUAUACUAUAUAUAUGUUUAUAUCAUUGAAUUUUUUACAAAAACAUAAAGAAAAUGAUUUUUUGAUUUAUUUAGCAGAAAAUAUUAUAAAUAAACAAGAAUUAUUGUUGUGAUUUAUGUGUUUACUCUAAAUUAGUUAUAUACAUAAAUAAUACGUAAAUGAGAAAAAAUAUUUGUAUACGUAAUGUUCACGGGCAAUAUACAGAUUUUAACCUAGUACUGGUAUUACUUUCCAAACGCGCAAUGAUGGUCGUAACCAUUUAAAAUCAGGCCCAGUUGUAAGGUUUUCUGUUUGGUUCAAAGAUCCAACUAAAAUAAUAAAUACUAGGAUAAUACCUGCGCCUUGCGCAGGGUGAAAUAUUUAUUAAAAAAACUUAUGUUUUCAUAUUGUAAAAUCUCAUGAUUUCUGAAUACAUGUGUUUCUGGUCAAAAUAUAUUUGUAUUUAUGUUUUUUUCAAUAUAGAAUAAUUAACUAAGUAUAAAUAUUUGGUACAUAUAGAAAAAUAUAGAAACCCAAAUCAAACAAUUAAAAUGUGAUAUUAUUAAUACUCUUAUAAUCAUAAAUUAAAAGUUGUGAAAAAGUUGAUGAUAUUUCCAAGGAAAACUCAACCGUAAAUAUAUAGUACGCAUAUGUAAGUUUUCGGAUUGUUUAGAAUGUUAAAAUAAUUAGCAUUAAUUAUUUAAAAACCAUAUUUUAGUGUGAUACAUUGAACCAAUAUUUAUGUAAAUUUUCAAUAACUACCACAAACAUAUUUGGCAAGUUGUUUUCAAUGGUCAAAAUUAUAUACUUGUUGACAAAGUAUACUGUUAUCUUAAAUUAAACUUACCAUAUAGAACUUACUCAAAAUUUUGUACCAAGCUUAAAAAUUCGGUGGAAGAAUUAACUUUGUGAAAACGUUUCUUAUUUAUUUAAACAGGCAGUUUAUGAUUAACCCUCCUUGGGCUCAGUUGAAAUUUAAAAAAAAAACAUUUAAACGACCUCAAUUAUAGAUAAUUCGAAAGAAGUAGUUGUUGUCUAAUUAAACAUAUUGUAUUGACAAAUUUAAAAUUUAUAUAUGAUCGAAUUGUUUAUAUAUGUAUAUAAUUUUUGAUUGUUGAUAUAAUCAUCUAUAUGUUAACGUUGGGCCGAUACAAUUGGAUAUUUUAUUUUACUAACUUAUCAGUAAAUAAAAUUUAUAAAUUUUCGAUUUUGAAGUUACACUAAUUUUCAGAAUAUCAGAUUUUUUUUUUGACAACAUAAGAUGGAAAAUUAAAAUAUUAAAAAGAUAAUUACAAAUUGGAUUAAGCUUAUAAUUUAAAGUAUAGUUUGGUUAUGGGCCACAUUAAGACAACAAAAGAUUUUACAGCCCGACUAUUAUUAUAUUUAAGGGCCAAGUACAAAGAUGAUAAUAUUAUUUGUUUGCAACUGAUAUUUUGUAAAUGAUGAAAGUUAGGUUAACGUGAUAUAUAUCAUUAACUACUACGAAAGGUUACUAUUAAUGUUUUCCUAGACUACAAAAAAAAUAAGUUAGGUGCCAAAGCUUUUUCUUAAUCUUCAAUAUAAAUUUCAUAAUUUAAGUUUUAAAGAAUUGUGUUGCAAGGAAAAAUAUUUGAUAUAUAAGUUUGUUUGGUAAUAACAAAACAACUUAAUUUAUGUAUUACUCUUUAUAUAAAUUUUUGUAGGCGAGGAAGGCGUGAGAACCGAACAAUAUUCUUUUUUUUUUCUUUUAUUAACAAAACAAUUCUGAAUAGCUGCGUUUCUUUGCUAUUUUUUAUAUCAAAAUUGACUCUUUGCUAUUAAUAAAAAAACUAACACUUAAAAAAUCAUUACUUUUGGAUUUAUAGCAAAAGCAUGCAAUACUUAAGCCAUAAUAUAUAUAUAUAGCAAAUUUUGAUUUAAAUUGUUGUCUAAAUAAAACGAACUAAGAGUAUAUCUUCACUUUCUUAUAGAAAAAAAAUAUUAUAUUGGAUCACAAUAUAAACCAACCUUGUGUCAUUUAAAGAAAAUCUCAUUUAGGGAGAUCACCGAGUAUUAAUUUAAUGAGAUCGUCGAGUUUUAAGUUUACCAUAAUAUAUACAUUUAUGUUUGGAUUAAUAUAAGUUUUUUUAGCAAUUGGAUUUUGGACUUACUAAUUUUUCAAUUGAUUCUUAUGAUGCUAUGUAAAUCAAAUUGACAUCCUAAUUAGGUUUUUUAUAAAUAAUACAAACUUAACGUUACAAUUUUUUUAAUGUUUUUCUAUUAAUAUAUAAGAGAUAACUUUUUAUACUAAGGAGUAAAUUUCGGCCAAUUAUUGCAUAAUGAGCAAUACAUAUAGGAAACUUUCAGUUACACUGAUAUAAUAAAAUUUUAGUUAGACACUAAUAUAGAAUAGGGAUUCAUAAAAUUGCAUAUAUUUUUUUUAUUUACUUGCAUGAAAAAAUAUUAGACUUGGUUACCAAGUUUCAGAAUAACUAUGUACAUUCCUUUUAUUGAAAGUCUUAAAUAAUUAAAAUAUAAAGAUAAUUAAUUGCAUGAUUCAAGUUGCCCGAUAUAAAAUUUGACCUUGAACUACACACUCUUACAUUAAUAUAAAUAUUUCCUUUUGUGAAACCAUGAAUCCGCUAUCAUCACUAUAUUUAUUUAAGCUAUUAAAUGCAUGUGUAUAUACCCAUUAUAACAUAUAAGUUCAACAAAUCUAAAGUAAAUGUCUCUUAAAAAAAUAGAUUAUACGUUAAAUCAUAUUAAAAUCGUACAUUAAACCAACGAUCUUAAAAUGGUUAUUGGUCAAACAAACGACCCAAAAUGAGAGAAAUAAUCUACUUCUUUAAACUAUAUAAUGGCUGAAAUUGCAUCAUGUUUCACCAUUGGAAUGCAUCCAUAAUUAAGUCUUCACCAACUAAUAUAAAUUAAUUUAUAAGUUGUUGAUAUAUAUUCUAUGUUUCAUAUAUACAAUGGAAUGAGACCUUCUGAAUAUGGAAUGUGUUCCGUAAAUUUCCAGUGAAAAGCUCUGUAACAUGUUCGACUAAAUUGAAGAGCUAUAUUAUGGACAAUGGUGAUGAGAAGAACAAUAACUCAAAAAUUGUUGUUUUGUAGGUACAAAUGUAAUACAACAAAGCAAAGACAAAAAUGGCGCAAAUUAUGUACUUAUGCAUACUAUAAUCAUAAUCGUUAUCAUAAAAAAAAAGAAAUCAUACAAUGUAAGACAUAUUUAUUGCGUUGUUGGACAUAUAAGUUGCAUGAUUCAAGUUAAGACAGGUUUAUUGGGAUGUAAAUAACUAUAACUAUAACUACGAUUAUGGUAGUCGGUGGAAACAUUAUUAUAUGGUAGGAAAUGAUUUUUUUCUUAGGUGAAUAAGAGCUUUGAAUAUGGUACGACCACAUUCAUUCUGUGAGUGCCACGUCGGAAUUGAAGCCUUCUAAUGAAUCCACUUCAGCAUGCUAAUUUUGUAAAUAAUACAAAAAUAAAGGUUAUCAUUUUUUAAAUGAUUCUCUUUUAAUAUAUAAGGGAUGCAAUGAUUUCUUAACCCUUAAUAAAAUCAGGUACAACAACAAGCAAUGAUAUGCCAUUUAUGACUGAUCCAUUAUAGUAUAACGUCUAGGUAUACAAACAAUAUCCAUGUGAAUUAUUCGAACCAGUGAACCUUUAUACAUAAAUACCAAAUACUAGUAUACUUUAUAAUUCAUUUUUUCCUCUUUCAACGGAUGUGAAUGGUGACCAAGUAAUAUAUGUAGUCGUUUUUCAUUAUUGAUGUUAUUCUCUAAAUAUAUUUCUGGGCACCCAAAAUUAAUCAUAUACUUUUUACAUGGAUUGAUUGAAGAUUCAAGGUUUUGGGUUAUUUUAACAAAAAUAUAGAACCGUUUUUCUAAUUCGAAUAAAAAUAAAAUAUUUACAUAUUUUUUAAAAAAAUUGAUGUCUCUUAGCAAAAUAAAUGAAAUUAAUAAAGCAAAUACACUGAAGAAAGUACAUCACGGUACAUUUUUCUUAUAUAAAAAUGCUUGGAUUUUUUUUGUCGAGAAAUCAACUUAGGUAUUUUUUUGUCGACAAAUCAAAUAAAUAUAUUGAAAGUUCAAAGUCAUCACUCAUAAUCGAUUUCGAAGUUGACUACAAAUGAUUUUCUAUAUCUAAUGGAUUUAAGGAGGAGCUAGGUUUUGCUUUUAUUCUUUCUAAAUGAUCUUAGUUUCUUCAUGUUGAAGCUACACUUUGUCAAACUCAAAGUUGCAUACCUCCUUUAUCAAAGACACUUUUAUUCAAUAUUUUGCAUUUUAUACAUGUAUGACAAGUUGUCAAAUGCUUUUUAACCAAAAAUUAAAAAGAAUUACUUUAAGUGGUUUCAAAUCUCUCUUUAAUUACCAUUACUAUAUGCGUCCUAAUAAUUUUUUUUUGUAGACCAAAAUUAUAGUAUAAAUGUGAGCGUAAGAUCAUAUCAUAAUAUCAGAACGUGUGACUAUUAUAUAUCAUAAUCUCUAAAUGUAGCACAUAAGUUUCUCGACCGAGAUAUUUUAAAUUUCAGAGUCUUAUUUGAAUUAGUUUGUACAAAUUUAAAGACUUAUCAAAAGAUGUUUUUUUAUUCUCUCACGUGUGUUGCUACCAAUCAUGUUCCAACUUUUUCUUCUUCUUUUUUGGUGAAAAGAAAAAUAGUUGUGCUUUUGAGAAGGGAAAGAAGUUGUUUCUUUGAUGCUUAUUCCAAACUUGAGAGACACAAGUUUCAGCCUAUUAAUUAAAGGUUAGACUUUCAUCUUGCUGUCUUUUUACUUUCUGUUUUCUCCCAGUCUCAAAAAGAAGAAGAAAGAAUCACAAUAGAGAUGCUCUUUAUUCUCACUAGAGGUUAACUUUUAGUUUAUUACUGAGUUUGAUAUGUUUUUUUUUUCUUUCCGGUUUGGUCUAGUUCAGUUCUAUAGAAAUCUACAUAAAAAGACUCAAUACUAGUUCGUUCGGUUUAUCUAAUUUUUAUAUUCUUGCAUUUGAAUUGUUUAUUUUAGCUUGGGUUUAUUUGAAUUUGAUGUAUCUAAUUUUUGUUUGGAUAUUGGCUUACUCCGGUUUGAGAGUCAGGCUUCACUAUAAAAUCAAACUUAUUCCGAUUUGGUUCAUCUCGGUUUGGGUUUUAAAUGAUAUUUUGAAGUAUAUUACCUUAAAAAUGCGUAAAUUUUAAAGGAAGAAAAAAGACAAUUAUGUAAAGUGUUAUUUAGUUUGGGCCUGUUUAGAGAUACCGGCGAAGUAUAUAAUUCAAGAUCUGAGAAAUGAGAACUGUUAUAGAGCUUGAGGUUUAAUGUCUGGACUCUGGAGGAAUACUUUAGGUCGAGUUACGUAGGCCCAUUAUGACUUGUUGGGCUCAUUUCAAAAUAGGAAAAUAAAAUCGAUCGUCUGACAUAAAUACAAGUAUGAGAUUUGAUAAUAUGCGCGAGGAAGAAGGGCAUAUGGACAGAAGCUGUCAGAACGGUUACACAUGUAUUAUAUUGAAGUUAAUUUAAAACUAUUCUUGCUAUCAAAUCAUUUAAAAAAAAAAAAACUAAGCAAGUAAGAGUUCAUCUUUUUCUUUCGUUUUUGGAAUGCUUUUGCACUUAAUUGAGAUAUUAAGUUGACAAGUAUCUUUGUAAAUACUCCCUCCGUUCCUAAAAGAUGUAUUUUCUAGAAAAAAGUUUUGUUUUAAAAAGAUACAUUUUUUACUUUUUCAAUGUUUGAUUUUAUGAAAAAUUGUAAGUUUCAAAAAAAUUAAUGGUGUUUAUUGAAUUUCUACUGGCUUAAAGUUGUGGAAAAUUGUUAUUCACAAAAAACAAUGCAUAUUUAAUGAGUUUUCUUAAUAUAUGUGAAAAGUCUAGAAUAUGCAUCUUUUAAAAACAGAGGGAGUAUAUACUACUAAUCAAUACGCAUUAGUAACUAAUGAUUGAUUACAAUACACAUGAUAUGAUACAAUUCAUUUAUUAGGAUACUAAAUUGAAUUGAACACAUCAAUAAUUUAGUUGUUGCAAAGCGAAGAAACCAAACACGUUGACGUAAUUAAAACGAUCAAAAUAUCCCCACGUCACAUAAAAGUCUUAAAAAGCACAAACCUGACUUCGCCUUUACCUGAAAAGGAAAAUAUGUAUGUGUAAACACGUUCAAUGCAUCGAUCUUCAAACUGUAUGUGUUUGGGUGCUUUCUUUCACUUCUCUACCAUACCAUAACGUAUUCCAUAAGUCACCCGUUCAAAACUAAAUCUACCAAUCCUCUAAUAUCAACGUGAUAUAUUUGUUAUAUACCUUAACAUUGUGGCAUAUUAUUACUAAUGGUUAUAUAUAGACAACAAACUUGAAAUGUAUUCAACAAAGGAAAAGCAUGAGAUGGUUAUUGGAAAUUUGGAAUGAGAUGUUUCUAGAGGUGUAUCCAGAAGACAAUAAUUAUAUGGGUACGUGUGGGAUCUUCUGUCCACUAAUUGACCACAUUUCUUUUGUGUCUGAAACAUAUGAAUCAAGUUCUGAUGAAACUCUAUAUAGAACCCAACGUUUAUGGACCCCUUCAAACUUUUGAGUCAUUAUUUCCGUUUCGGUGUAGUCAUUUUCAUAUUUGACUCGAAGUUCACUAUUAAUUCUAAUACAAACAACUGUUAUCCAUAAUGACAAGUAAGUAUAUAAUCAAUUUGCUAACAAAUUAAUCAUAGAUAGGUAUCCAUCAUUGGAAAAUGAAAGCUCUAUAGCAUAGCUAUAUGAAUGUGUGUGUGUAAAGUUUGGUUCGUACGAACCAAUGGAAAUCAGAAAACGAAACAAAUAGGGUAGGUUUAAUUUCUCCCACAUGCUUGUCAUUUUCCCUUUGGCUGGUAGUAACAUAUACAAAUUAAAAUGCAUACAUCGAACAUUUAUCAAUGUGAGUCACCUAGGUGCUUAAAUUAUUGAGGUUGGAUCAGCUGAUGUGGUUGAUCAAAAAAAAAAGAGGAUCAGCUGAUGAUUUUUUUUUUUUUGCUUUCUAAUAUUUUGCGGGUAAUUCAUUCUGUAAAGUGAGCAAAUAUCCAUUCCUAGAAUUGUAUUGUUUUUUGGUGUAAAGAAUUGUAUUGUUUUUUUGCUUUCCAAUGGAAUUGUAUUGUUUUUUCAAGUACUUCCAUAUUUAAAACUCCCUUUAAAACCUGUGCAUAUAAACUAGAAAUUAACAACAAAAUGUAAAUUUCAAAACUGGAACUUUAAAACAGAUAUGGAAAUAUCACCCACUGAUACGUACAUGCAAAUUCUAAUUUAUCGACUGAGAUUUUGUCGCAAAUAGUGUUUUUCAUAUUAAUGCCAUGUGGUUAAUCUAUGAUCGAUCAGACCUCGUUUCUAUAGCUGUCUACUACUUACAGAAAACUUAUACUCCCUCCGUAUUCUUUUAGUUGACGUUUUGGAUGAUUACACACAAAUUAAGAAAGUUAUUCCAAUGUCUAUUAUAUCCUUCUUUAAUUUCUGUAAUAUGUAAUUUACUUUGAUCGUAAAUCAUUAAUUAGUUAAAUGCAAGGGUAAAUGAAGUCCAAAGUCAUUAUAUUAUGCAUAGGAUUUUGGAAAACGUCAUAUAUUUUGACACAAAAAAAAAAUUUCAAAACGUCAUAUAUAACAAAACAGAGGGAGUAUAUAUGAUGGAAAAGAUGAACAUAAUUAGGGUUGAGAGAAUAUCAUUGAAUGAAGUAUGCAUCUCUUAUAUAUGUCCUUUAUAUAUAAUUUUAAAACUAUUUUAACGUUCAAGAUUAUUAAUAUAGUUUGUUAGCAAAAAAAAAAAAGGAUUAUUAAUAUAGUGAGAAGUUAGGGGAAUGUGAUUGCAAUUUGCAAGAGCAGCAUGGGAGCAUACGUGAAAAAGCCCUUUUGUUAUAGAAAACGUACGUGACAAAACAUAUUAGGCACCAAUCACUUAAACAAAAUGUAAGAUAAACCAAAAGUAUCAAUAAUAAUUAUUGA